GAAUUCACCUCCUCAACAUCGCGCAACAUGCCUCUGGGCCUCAAUAACCCGCUGCCCUCCUCCAUGAGGAGCGAGUGUAUCAAGACUGGUAAAAUCCUAGCAUCAUUCAUAGACCCACGGCAAGCAUUUGGGCCCGAUAAAGUCAUCCCUCCGCAUAUUCUCGCCAACGCAAAGGGCCUCGCGAUCCUCACAGUCUUCAAAGCCGGAUUCCUCGGUACGGCGCGCUUCGGUUCUGGCGUCGUCGUUGCUCGCCUCCCGGACGGUUCUUGGUCUGCUCCCUCCGCCAUCGGGACUAUAGGCGGCGGCUUUGGUGGUCAGAUUGGAUUCGAGCUCACAGACUUUGUCUUCAUCCUCAAUGACUCGAGCGCCGUAAAGACCUUUGCCCAAGCAGGCUCUCUCACACUUGGAGGAAAUGUGUCCAUCGCUGCGGGACCCGUCGGACGAAAUGCGGAAGCGGCAGGAGCAGCAAGUUUAAAGAGUGUAGCCGGCAUAUUCAGCUACAGCAAGACGAAGGGACUCUUCGCUGGUGUGAGCUUGGAAGGAAGCGGAAUCAUAGAGCGCAGAGAUGCGAAUGAGAAGUUGUACGGACGGAGAUGGACUGCGCGGGAGCUCCUGAGCGGCGCGGUUCCCGUACCGCCCGCUGCGGAACCGCUAAUGCGGGUGCUCAACUCGAGAGUGUUUGCGGGCGUGGCAGGGGCUGGCGGCGCCCCUGAUGCCAUGUAUAACGAUAUCCCCGUCUAUGAUGACCGUCAUGAAGAUGUGGUCUGGCAAGGUCGGACGGGCUCGGCCUACGGGGAGGGUGUGAGGACGAACCGGACUGGAGGGACCGGUAUAGGGAACGACGACGACUAUGUCUACCGCGAUAGACCGCAAAGAGCUAGCACCUGGCAGGAUGACGUGUAUGACCGCCAACCCAGUUCUGCUGGCAUUAAUCGCUCUUUCUCCACUCGCACCCCCAACGACACGUUCGAUGGUUUCCAGUCACGAACACGCGCGUCAACAUUUGAUGACAACUACUCGUAUACCGAUAAACCGAAACCUAGCAGACCUACGGCUCCAAAGCCUGUCUUUGGUGCGAAGAAGGCAAGCCUGGGACCCGAUCAGGCCAUUGCGAAGUUCACUUUCGAGCCGGAUCAGCCGGGUGACCUUGGCUUCAAGAAAGGCGAGGUUAUUACUAUUAUCAAGCGAACGGACAAUGAUACUGAUUGGUGGACGGGGAGGAUAGGUGACCGUGAGGGGAUCUUCCCAAGCAACUACGUGGAAACCAUCUAAAGCACAGCUCUGGAUAUCCCGCUCAGGACUCACCCCAUUCGUCGAUAAACUUCCUUUCCUUGACUUCUUUCACACUACUUCCGAUUCGAUACCUUCUAGACUGUUAUACAGCGACACACUUUGGGGAUAUCAUUAGGGCGCCAGACUGACGAUCGAGAUGAGUUAUGAAAGAAUGCUAGCUUCCUUCAACAUCAGGAGCGUGACUGUAGGCAUCGAUGCCUCGCAUAGCAUGGCGUUCGGAGCUUAUUUUCGCACAUUCGCCUUCUCGCUGGUUUCUGGGGUCAUGACGGUGCACCUUUUCAAAUAGCCUUUCUCAAGAAAGCUUUUCUUGUUUUUCAAAUUUACGUCUACCAUUUUUCGCUCCCAAGCAGACAGGUGCACCUAAGGAUUGACGAUGUGUACGUUGUAGAAUCAUGAGGACUCCAGACGGUAUCAUAAUCGGAAUGCGAACCAGACGCCUCCUCCGAAAGCCGCCUCUAGUGAGCCUUGGAGAAGCACCA